GGAGGAGUCUUCUGUGGUUUCUGAGGCUGCUGUUGCAAAGAAAGUUGGCGUGUCAACAUCGCAGACCCCUGAACAGGCGGCUGCCUGCGUCCCGACUACCUUCUUCCUUCCUGGAGCGUAUGUUGGGAAGUAUCCGGAAGUCUAAUUCUGAGUGCUGAAGUACGCUGCAGCUAGUGUGGGAAGGAGCCAACGGCAGACACAGCGCCACCACCACUAACGUGGCCGUCUAGAGAACGGCAACUACUCUCCUUUGGAGCACUACUUAAUUAUUGUGUGGGACUGGUUUAUUUACUCUUUUUAUUUUUAACCCGGUUUUACCAUAGUUGGUACUACCGGGGGUUGUUGUGUUUGUUUUGGAAUACCUGGUACUCUGCCUGGGUACCGACUGUGGUUUUGGCCCUGCUGUUUUUUUAAUAAACUUCUACUCAGCUGCUAGUUGGCGCUGAGGUUUGCCCACAAGUCUCCUGUGUGUGUGACGUCCUUUCUGGUCCUCCCAAAGACAACUCCCACUACCCUCUAACACGUGGUGUCAGAAGUGGGAUGUCUCUGGACCAGCACACCCUGCAGGUCCUCUUACAGGACCAAGAGCGACACCGGGACGGUGUGGAGCGGCGACGAGAGGAGCGAGAUGCGCAGCGGGAUGUCGAGAGGACGGCCCACAUGUUGGAGAUCACAGAGAAGAUGGCGGCGAUGUGCCAAGCGGUGCAGUCUCUGGUACUAGCGCGGACUCAGGCGCCCGCGGCAGCACCACCAACAGGGCAGCCGCCGCCUAAGAUCCGGCUUCAAAAGAUGACGUCGGAGGACGACCCAGAAGCGUUCCUCACGACGUUCGAACGGGUCGCCGAAGCAUCCUCCUGGCCGGUCGAGUGUUGGGCGGCGCAGCUUGCCCCAUGUCUGUCGGGAGAAGCACAGGCAGCCUACCGGGCCCUAAGCAAUGAAGCCGCCAGGGAUUAUCAGCAAGUGAAGGUGGCCAUAUUACAACGGCUGAAUAUCACCCCUGAGUCUCACUGCCGUAAAUUUCGACACUAUGUCCGGCCGAAGGGAGCCCGCCCACGCAUCGUCGCUCAACAGCUCUGGGACCACCUUACUCGCUGGCUGCAACCAGGGGAUCGUACCAAACAACAGUUGAUGGAGUCGGUGGCUGUCGACCAGUUCUUGUCUGUGCUAGAUCCAGGGACCCGGGACUGGGUGGCCAGGAACACCCCAAACACCAUGGAGCGAGCAGUGGAACUGGCGGAGGCGUAUGAAGAUGCAGCCCUUCGACAGGACCCCAGCCCAGCUCCCGUGAAACCGAAGGCCCCGACUCCAGCCCCUCGUUUCCCACCGAAGCCGGUGGCUUCCAUCGACCCAUCGGGCGCCUCGCCUCCAAAGUGGAGAAUGAGGUUAGCCCCCAGCUGGGCCAGAUCCACUCCCUGGAACCCACCAAGUGGUGGGGUAGGGAACAAGCAGCCGGCGUCGGUAGCGCCACCCCCUCUCAUCUGCUUCCGGUGUCACGAGGCUGGACAUAUUGCCAGGAUGUGUCCCGCUGCCAUGGAAUGUGAUGUGGCCUCUCGCUAUCCAGCUGCACCGGAGGGUGAGUACCGGGGAAAGGGACGGGAGGGGCCUUGCAUUGUGUCUGUGGUUAUUGGGAAAGUGAACACCCACGCUUUAGUGGACUCGGGGUGCAACCACACUAUAAUUCGUGAAGCUCUCAUGGAGGGGGUGGCUGGGCGGCCGCAGGGAUCUGUGGCAAUUUCGUGUAUCCACGGAGACACCAAGCCAUACCCAACCACUAAAGUUAGAUUGACAAUAGAUGGUCGGACGUGCCAGGUAGUCGUGGCCGUCGCGAAGUGGGUUCCGUACCCUAUAAUUUUGGGUCGAGACUGGCCUUAUUACUCAGAACUUAAGGUUAGGACGACCCGGCCACCGACUGGAGAAGGGGUGGUCUCAGCGGGUGAUUCAAUUGGCCGGAUCUUUCCGCUGAAAGCCGAUAUGUUUACUGCUAAGUUCCGGCCCCGUAAAACUAAACGAGAGCGGAGGGCCGAGAAACUGGAGUGGGCAGUAUCAAGGCAAGGCUGGGGGCUUGUGGGAGAGUCUCCUCAGCUUACCAAACGGAAACUGAAGGGGGUGGGUGUUCAGUGUGACCGGCGGGAACUGGCUACUGAGGAGCCCAGGGCGGAAGCUACCGAACCUCCGCUCGACAUGCCGCGAGUCUGGGACCGGGAUGUGGACCUAGAGUGGGAGCAAGCUAACGACCCCACUCUGGUGCACAUCCGGGGGCGGGUCCGGUCUGUCGAGGGGAAGGAAGUUGACGGUUGCGGGCCGCCCACAUUUCCUCACUUUGUCGUGGCUGGGCGCCUACUGUAUAGGGUAUCCCAGGCCCCGGGCACGGGACAGCCCGUAACACAAUUAUUGGUUCCGGGGUCUUUUCGCCAAGAGGUCAUGCGACUAGCACAUGACAUUCCAUUUUCAGGCCAUCUGGGCCGGGAAAAGACCCUGGAUACUGGCCCGGUUUUAUUGGAUGGGACUGCACGAUGAUGUGAGGAGAUACGUGGCGGGGUGUCCCGAUUGCCAGAGGGUGGCGCCGGCUCGAGUUCGCCCGGCUCCGCUGGUCCCACUGCCCCUUGUGGGAACCCCCUUCGAACGAAUAGCGGUAGACAUAGUGGGGCCGGUGCAA